AUGAGCGCAGCGGAAAGCCUGGUGCCACUGGAUGCGCCAGAUGCUGCUCUGUUAACUUUGAAGAUGGAUGAUAUAUUUAACCAAAGUUUCGCGACGAACCGAAGUUGUUCUGACGAGGACAAAUUCAGCAGUCUGGAGGACAUCGAUGUCACCGCAGACGGCAGCCUCAUCCUCAGGAUCCUCAUCUCGGUGGUGUACUCUGUAGUUUGCGCAGUAGGUUUAGUGGGGAACUUGUUGGUCUUUUUCGUCAUGAGCGUAAGACAAGGUCGCAACAAGUCAACCAUUAAUUUUUUUAUCAUCAACUUGGCAGUGACGGACUUCCAGUUCGUGCUGACCCUGCCCUUCUGGGCUGUGGACACCGCGCUGGACUUCAGCUGGCCGUUUGGAGACGCCAUGUGCAAAAUCAUCCUGUCGGUCACCGUGAUGAACAUGUAUGCCAGUGUGUUUUUUCUCACUGCAAUGAGUGUGACCCGCUACUGGUCCGUCUCCUCCGCUCUGAAGAAACGAGCAGGCAGGAGGCUGGGAUGUGUGAAAUGGGUGUGCGCGGUGCUCUGGGUCUCAGCAACUGUUGCCACAGCUCCCACUGCUGUUUUCUCCACCGUGACGGUCGUAGCGGGAGAGAAACUCUGCCUCCUGAAGUUCCCAGAAGGGCACGACUGGCUUGCACUCUAUCACAUUCAGAAAAUUUUGGUAGCCUUCGUCAUCCCCAUGCUCAUAGUCUCCGUCAACUAUCUGAUGCUCCUGCGCUUCAUAAAGCAGAGGAGCAUGCAGAACAGCAACACCAAACGGAGGUCUAGAGUCACCAAAUCUGUAACUAUAGUGGUUUUGUCUUUCUUUCUCUGCUGGAUGCCAAAUCACGCCAUCACCUUUUGGGGCGUCUUGGUCAAAUUUAAUGUAGUAAACUGGGAUAAGUCGUACUACAUGGUGCACACCUACGUGUUUCCAGUCACAGUCUGCUUGGCGCACGCAAACAGCUGUUUGAACCCUGUGCUCUACUGUCUGAUGAGGCGGGAGUUCAGGAAGAUGCUCAGGGAUUUGUUCUGGAGAAUCUCCACUCCAGCCAUCAACAAAGCCUGUGCGAUGCGCACUUUCUCUGCAACAUACAACGCCCCCCAAGAGGGAACCCAGGGAGUCAUACCUCUCCAAGUCAUGGACAGCGAACAUUACAGACUGUCCAUCAUAGACAGAAAAGGCUUGUCCUGCUCGAAUUUGAUUACACACACCUAA